GGCACCUAGGGAAGUCAUGAGGGGGUGGGGAUCUUCCUCGGGUACUCCCAGGGGCUCCGCCUGGGGGAUGUAGCUGGGCUGCCGGGCUUUUCCAUCCGGGCCAGGCUGUCUGUGGGCCCUCCCUGCUCAGCCGUCCGUCGGGGGCCUCCCUGGCCUGACUAUGGCCUCCUCAGCGUGAGCUUUGCCUCCACUCUCGAGCUGGUGGGCUGGCCGAGGGGCUGAGCGUGGUCUUCUGUGGUGGGAAGAUGGAGAUGGGCAGAGGAUACAGGAGUGGGGCCUCCAGGAGCACCGACUGGCCCCGUUUCCUCAGCUGACAGGGCAGGAGAGUGGGAACGGUGUGGCCAGCUGUGUGGCGGGAGACUGGGUCCCAGGCCUGGCGCUGCCACUGGGAGCCAGCUGUGUGGGCCUCAGUCUCCUCUGCAGAGUGAGGGGAUCAGAGGUCCUGCCCUGGAGAGAAUGGGUGCUUGUGAGGGGGAGGGCCACUUCUCCCUGGAGGGCUUGGAGCAGGGGUCUGGAGACCCCUUGGGAGGAGUGUGGAGAAUCGGGAAUGCCUGAGCAGUUCAGGAAACAGGCCGCGGUGCUCAGGGAGGGCACCUGGGGAGCCCGUGAAGGAGGCUGAGAAGGUAUAAUUGGGGGAGGGGUUUGGAGCCAAGCUGGGGGUAGAAGUCAGGCCGAGAGGGCGGGGAAGACUGGGCUCUGGUGGGGAUCAUGGUGCCCUGGCUGGCUGGAAUUGGGAUGGCAAGCCCCCACCUGAGGGCCAGGCUCUGCUUUGGGGGACAGGCUGCAGAGAGCCCGGGGCAGUCUGUCCUCAGUCCUGGCCUCAGUGGACUCUAAGAUGCCGCUCUCCCUAUGUUUCUGUCCCCUGGCAAGGUUCUGGCUCCGCUGGCCGUGUACUGUGGGAGCAUCUCUUGGACCAGUGCUGCACUCCCGGGGGGAAGCAGUGACUCCAGCCCAAAGACUUUUGGAAAAGCCUCCCUCCGGCCAGUGCUGAGCGUCCUGCUAGAGAAGCCGUCGCAGCUCUUGAGUGGAUGUGGGGAGCCUGGCAGCCUCAAGCUGGGUGCUUCCCUGAAGGGCUGGCAGGCCAGGAAUGGCCAUCCCAGGAAGCCCGGGGCCCUGUCACUGGGCCCCCAGCCCCUGGUGCCACUUCCUUCGCUGGAGUCGGAGGCCAACCGUGUGGCCCGGGACACCACUCAGAUUAAGGACAAGCUCAAGACAAGGAGGUUCUUGGAGGGCUUGGCAGCAUCUCCCCGAGCCUCUCUGGAUCCUGGGGGAGCCCCCAAAGGAGUUCCCCUGAGGACCGCCAUUCCCCGGGCUGCCUCUCAGAGGCUGCUGAGGGUGCCCAGGCCGAUGACUCCCAUCCAGAGCCUCCCCACCACCCCGGAGGCCAGCGGAACCAAGGACAAAGGCCUGGACCCACCCAGGAGCCAUCAGGGACCCCAGGAGCUGAGACCCGGUGCCCAGGAGGCACAGGUGUCCCAGCAGUACCUGCACUGCAGUGACGAGAAGAUGCACAAGUCCCUGGCGGGCAUUGUGAUCCCGCCCAUCCCAAAGGACAAGGUGCCCGCCGGGACCUCCUCCUGCACGCCUGGCUCCCUUCCCAGCCUCUUGCCUCCAGGCCAGGACAUCCUCAUGGGCCUGAGGCCUGCCACCACACGAUUGGUUGGGGAGAGUGGGCCUUGGGAGAAGACCCCCGGAUCUCUGGAGCCAAAACCUUUGGUCCUGCCCAUCAGAGACAGGUCUGCUGCCCCUGAGAAGCCUGCCCUGCCUUCCUCUCAGUCUGCUCCUAUUCUGACAGCCUUCUCCUUCAGCCACACCAAAGAAACCCAGCCCUUGCUAAAAGAAGAGGACCAGAAGGAGAGUGGCACCAAGUUUGCCUUGAUCUUGUACCGGAUCCAGGUCACCAUUGCCAGGUCUGCCCAGGAGAAGAUGCGGCUGAAGCAGAUGAAGGAGAUGGAGUUGGCCCGGAGAGUGAAGGAGCCGGAGAGGGAGAGGGGGAGGGAGCUCGCUUCCCAGAGCCUGGGCUCCCGGAGGACCUUGAUGAAGGAAGGCCUCCUUACCCUCCGGGGCAGUGGGACCCUCUCUGUGCCCACUGGGCUGAGCAGCCCCUGCAGAAACAACACUGGCGUCGUCCUGAGGAAGCGGGCCGACAGGGCCUCACUGCCCAGCAUCCCUGAGAAGCAGGAACUCAGCUUUGCCCGCCGUGCUUCAGCUCACUCCUUACCUGCGGUGCUUACUUUGGGGUCUCCUGAGUGGGAAGAAGAGGAGGAGGAGAUGGACCUUCGGGCUUUUAAGGAGCUAAGGCCUUUCUCGAACACGGAGCUGGGGCUGGUGGAUGCCCUGCAGUGCCUGGACCGCAGCGACUGGCAGAUGAAGGAGAAGGGCCUGGUGAGCAUCCAGCGCCUGGCGGCCUGUCACUCGGAGGUCCUCGCUGGGAGGCUGCACGACGUGUCCUUGGCCGUGACUGGAGAGGUCACCAACCUCCGCUCCAAGGUGUCCCACCUGGCCAUCAGCACCCUGGGAGAACUUUUCCUGGCCUUGAAGAAGAAUAUGGACCAGGAGUCUGAAGAGAUCGCCCGCUGCCUGCUCCAGAAGAUGGGGAACACCAGCAAGUUCAUCCAGAGGGCGGCCAGCCGGUCCCUGGGGGCCAUGGUGCAGCACGUGACCCCCACCCGCUCCCUGGUGGCCCUCAUCUCGGCGGGCAUCUACCACCGAAACCCCUUAGUCUGGAAGUGCACUGCCGAGCACCUCUCGGUCGUCCUGGAGCAGAUAGGCGCCGAGAGGCUUCUCUCAGGCACCAGAGAGAGCACAGACGUGCUGGUGCACCACCCGGUGAGGCUGGCCCAGGACUCCAACCAGGACACCAGGUUUUAUGGCCGGAAGAUGGUGAAUAUCUUAAUGUCAAACACAAGGUUUGAUGCAUUUCUGAAGCAGUCCCUCCCAUCCCACGACUUGCAGAAGGUCAUGACAGCUAUUAAACAGUGGGGAAUAGAAGAUGGUGAUGAACUUCCAUCUGCCAAAGGCCGCAAGGUGUCGAGGACUGUGGUGUGUGAGAAUGGGCUGCCCGGCGAGGAUGGGCUCAGCUCCAGUGGCCCGCAGCUGGCAGGGCUGCGCUCCUCCACGCGGGGUGGCUUGGAGAUGGCGGAGCAGCUGCGGGAGCUGACACGGCUGCUGGAGGCUGAGGAGUACCAGUCUCGGAUGGAAGGCGUGGGGCGGCUCCUUGAGCACUGCAAGGCCAAGCCAGAGCUCAUCACCGCCAACCUGGUCCGGGUCUUUGAUGCUUUCACCCUAAGGCUUCAGGAUUCCAACAAGAAAGUGAACCAGUGGGCGCUGGAGUCCCCCUCCAGGAUGAUGCCCCUCCUGAGAGAGAGCUUACAGCCCGUGCUGCUCUCCAUCAUCAUUGCUGUAGCAGACAACCUCAACUCCAAGAACUCAGGAAUUUACACUGCUGCGGCGACGGCGCUGGAUGCAGUGAUUGAGAGUCUGGACACCCUUGGCCUCCUACGAGCGUUUGCUGGGCGGGUGCGUUUCCUGAGUGGCCGCGCAGUGCUUGAUGUCACAGAACGUCUGUCCGUGUUGGUGGCCUCAGUUUACCCCCGAAAGCCCCAGGCCGUGGAGUGCCACGUACUUCCGGUCCUCUGGUACUUCUUGAAUAACAUGUUCGGGAACGGCAUCCUGCCCGGGCGCGGUGGGAGCGUCUGCACGGCCGUCUGCCGGCUGUGCAGGAGCCUCCAGGGGCAGAUGGGCUCCUGGCUGCAGGACUUGGCCGCCAGCCAGCCAAAGCAAGUCCUCAAAACGCUCCAGGAGCUCUUAGACCCGGAAUCCCUGUGAGACAGCCCCAAGGUCACUGACGGGGCGGGGGGGAGGGCACCUGACAGCAAGACAACUGGCAGCUCACGCCCCUUUCAUCUGGAUUAAAGACAGAUCUAGAAUGAGCAAUCGUUAUUUUUAUCUUAUUUUAUUUUUAUGAUGGAAUAAUCUCCUGGUCUACUUCCCCAUAGAGUUCCAGAUGUACAUAGUGUAUUUUGAGGUAGAAAUAAAAUAAUUACUUAUUUUUCUAAGGUUUUAUUAUCUUGUACUUUUUUACCCCCACAGAAUUUUCUAGUAGCUAGGUUUACGACAAAGAAAACAAAACAU